AUGCUUCCGACAUUCGGCAUUGGUACAGAUAUGCAAGAGCUUCUACGGAUAGACAUCCCGCGCGCCCAUCAUCAGCCGCGUCUGACAGGCUUGGUCCCGUUUGUCUUUUACGCUUUGUGUUUGUGUUCGUCGGACGAGAUCCGCUCCGGUUGCUAUCCCCCAUCCGACCUUGCCGUUGGAAUUUGGGGCAAUGUUGUAGGUACACUAUUCGCACGGCCGGCCUACCUUAGUACCCCCCGAAUUCAGCCAGGGUUCAAGCUCCACGGUGGCAAUCAAUUCUUGAUUCACACUCGAUCAACAAUCUCAAUACUUCAGCAUGAGGGCAUUCCCAGCGUGCCAUUGGGGGCAAAUGCCCAGGCUGACUGCCUCACGACUGCCUGGCAUUGUGCAACGACAUUGCUUGACCUGGUGAAGAAGCAGGCCAAUCUCUCAGCACAGCCAGACCACCGGAGGCUCGGCUUCAGCCGUACGCAAGCAACCCUACAAACUCGCCCCGAACGGAAUUUCUGUGGGCUGGCACACUCUCGUAUACCAUUUCUGGACGACGGAUCAACGAACAUUUCCCUCUUAUCAAGUUGCCUCGAAACAUUCAAGAGCUACGGAAUAGACCCUGGCGAUUCCUACCCCGACUUUGGACGGAUAAAGAUAGAUCAUCACAGCACGAUAACCCAAGAUACUGUACGGAGUACCUCCAGCCCGCCCCCGAACACCGCGCCCUCCUACCACAUCCGCUCUAGGCCCACAUUGCCACUAGUGAACGCUGUUGCUGGCGCGAGGAGGAUUGAUAAUGGAAUCCGGGGAUAUCGAGGCGACGACGAGGUGCGAUACCCAUCUCAAUCUGUGCCAUGGCUGAGGUCCAUGCAGCAGCAUUUCCAGCCUCCUAUGCGCAAUGCAGGAGGUGGCAAGGGCCAUGUUCCUCCACUAAAUCUGCCCCAUCGCGCCUCAUAUCACUUGUCACAAGCAGCAUCCGACCAGAUUCAAGUAUGUCGACGCUUCAACAAGAUUCACGGCCUCAGUAACAUAUCGUCCGCCUUGUUUGACAUGGCUUCUUGCCAUUCGCCUGGUGCGCAAACCGGGAGACACCGCAUGCGUCCGAGCCGAUGUUGGCGCAAACCCAAUGCCGGCUCCGGUAUCCCGUCCCGUCCUGGCCCAAAGCAAUACACUGCAUGGCUACAGACUACAGAUAGUAUGCACUUCGGCAAUAUUGACAGCUCGUCUAUCGCAGUCACCACCAACCAGCCUAAGGGGGCCUCAUUAUUGCGCGAACAACGCACCGUGCCGCUAGGCCAUUGCGGCCAACGACAUCAGAUGAGACCACGAAGGACCCAGACUGAUUCGUGUUACUCUGGCCAGGAGCAUGGACGGGAAAACGGAAGGCAGAAAAUGCAACCAAAGACAGAGAGGAAAAAGGGGACCGAGGAACUAAUCACACCCACCCACCCCAGUGCCAGCCACUUUUGGCUGAGGACCCUGAGUCGGUGUGGAUGGACCCUGAUCGUCCAAAGCACCGGAAACACGCCAAGGCAUGUACUUGCACACCGACUCGCCGGCUUCGGGAACUUGCCGCUUUGGGUCAAGGUCUGGACCGAGUGCCCCUUGUCGGACGACAUCCGUUGCCUCACCGACUUCACCGUUUCCUCCGAUCCCGCAGUUCCAUGCUCUUCUGGCGUUCCCACGUUCCCGCCUCCCAUCAUGCCAUCCAAGCACGUCUUCUGCACGGGUGUUUCUGACCUGCGUCCGCCUCCCCAUCAUUUAGUUGCUGAAAUGGACUUUUACAGAGGAACUAUGGUUACCAACUUUCCGAGACACCCAAUAUACUUGAAGCCGUCAAACCAGGUUAAUCAAGCUCUUCAUACCAUUUUCACUGUCCUCAGGUUUAUUCUCAAGUUUCUUGCCGUUAUCGAUGCCAGGCUUUUAUGUUCCAUACAGGUCCAAAUUGGUGCGCCGGAGCCGGUUUUGCUGGCAAUGCUCCGCAUCGUUUUGAGAGCCAAUUACUCAUGCCAUGGCAUCUGCUGUAGUUCACACUUACCUGGAGGGUCGUCUACUUGUUAUCGGGAAACUCGUGUCUUGUUCAACCGGCGCACAAAGGGCUUCGAGCGAAGGUUUUUAUGGUCUAUAGACUCGAUGCAGCUACAGUCUUGGUUAUUUGGUGACGCUAACUUUACAUUCAAAUUGCCUAUCUCCGGCAGUCUGGUAUCAAAGUUCAAUCUCAUGGCGAAACGCCAAACUGCAACACUCUGGUCUCUCAAACGCUCCAAUUUUCUAUCUUUGAACGAGCUCAUCUCCCUCUAUGGGCAGUCUAUAAGAAGAGUUUAUGAUGCUCGAGGACAGCUGUCUUUUGACGGAACUCUGAAGUUAAAGGAGAAGAAAGCACAGCCUCUCCCUCGAUCCUGCAACCCAUUCUCUCUUGCCAAAGACUUUUCAGUUUUGAGUACACAACCGCUUCACCACACUCAAUUUCCCUGA